AUGACUGUGGUAGCUAUGUGAGGGGAGAAAGGUUUCACACUUGUGGGGUUUGUGUCUGCUUUUGAGAAAAGGAAUGAAAAGUAAAAGUAAAACUUCUAAAUAGUUACUCAAGUACUAUUUAGAAGCCAUUGUGUUUCACGUUCAGAUCGCAGGCUAAGAACAAAUUUUACACUGUUGCUUGACAAACUGUCUUAAAAACAAGUAAAAGAAGUUUGAUGUUAAUACUUGUCUGUAUUCUGAAUUGCUUUUUGCUGAAUGUUUUGUUGAUUCCCAUUAGACUCUUAGCAGCAUACCUCUAAAAUAAAGGGCUGCUAAGGAAGUUGCCAUUGUGCUCUAGUAGCCACAUUUCCAUAGUUGGAAUUACAUGCUGCUGCUUGUUUCAUUAGACAACUAGUAUUCUCUCUUUUCUGUCACGCACCAGAAGAAUAAACUUAAAUUACUUGAGAUAGAUUUUUUAAAUCAAUAUAAAAUUCUUCUGAGGCUGGAGCAGUGAUUGUAGGAAAAAAAAUGAAGUACAUAUUGUUAAUACAUUGUGGCUCCCUCAUCUCCUUAUUCCUCCUUAAUUUCUGUUGAAAAUUGAGUUCAUUUUUAAUAUAAAAAAGUAACUUUUAUUUUAAAUAUUGAUUUUCUUUUUUUUUUUCCAAAGUAACUGUUCUGUUAAUAGAAAAAGACUGCGAAAGACUAAAAUUUACUUGAAUGGUUUUAAGGCAUAGCAUUGUUAAUUGUAAAUCAGAGCUUUUUACACAGUUCUCCAAGGAUUGAAAUGGGUCUUUGUGGUCUCUCAGGAGGGAGGAAGUUACACACCACUCUGCAGACUGGCAUUUUAAUAGUCUGCUGUACAGUGAUGUUCUUUUGCAGCUGCUGCUUAGCCUUUUCUUUAUCUGGAGAGUGUGGGGAGGUUUUGUUGUUGUUCCGAUACCAUCAGCUUUUAAAACAUUGUGAAAUGAGAUGGCCUUAUGGUCUGAUCCAGUUUUAUUACUCUGAUUUGAUCAAUAUGUUUCACAAGAAUGAGGUCUUUUGGGUCCCUUUUGGAAUAUUCCAGAACAUCUCAUAAAGGAGUUUGCAUUGAGAAAGUCGCCUUGAGACUGAAGUGAAAAACUCCCUUUCUGCAGUUCACAGGUUUUUCUCUGAUGAGCUCGGUCCUAUUGGAACCUAGGAGGCACCUAAGAAACUAGCACAAAGGAGGUUUUGCUGAACUGGAAUGAAAAGAAAGAAAUUUGGCUAUUCUGUGUUUCUGAGGUAGAGAUAAAUUGGAAAACUAAAUAGCAGAAUUUUUUAUAAGAAAAAUACAUGUAUUUGAAGACAACAUUUAAAACCCUUUGACUCAAAGUAUUACUGCAGUACAUUAGAAAAAACCAAGACAUUUAUUCCCACCCUGAUUAUUUUUUCCUUUCUGAGAAAUUUGAGUAUCAACAUAAAAAAUGAAUAAAGUAUUCUUUAAGAAUAAUAGUGAACUUAGAGGAAAGACUUUGAGGAAGUCUUAGUUUGUUAGUUGCUAUAUACAUUUUUGUCAAUGCAUAGCACCAACCUUUCACAAAAAAAAAAAACUUUAAUUUUUUUCUACUUAAAUUGCCAACUGUUUAUUACUUAUUAGAUGUUCUAUAAACCUACAUUUCAUUACAAGGUUUUUAUUGAUGUCAUGAACAAGAAAUUCAAGGAACUUUAUAACUGAAAAGCUAUACUAUUGAUGUUUGUAUUUUAAAAAGUUAAUUGACUUAAAAUUAUUUUCCCUAUCUUUAGAGUAAACUUUUUAAUACAAUAUAUUCCUUUCAAUUCUUAAUACAAUUUUUAUAACUUAAAAUUAAGUGUAGUUUGUUCUAGCUAAAGAUGGUCUGCCUUCUCCAGGAAGUGAUUUUAGACAAGGUUUAACUGUAUAGAUCCGUUUUAAUAUAUGUGAUUCAGUAUUUCCAGUUCCUGAUUGCUUGAUCAUGUGUUUAUCAAAGUUGGAAGCAACUUCAGGGGAUGCCAGAUGGUAAUGUUGCUGGAGGUAUAGCGGGCAAGGUCUCCCUGCCACAAGUACUCUAAUUAAAACUAAAAACAGAUUAACAGAAGACCUGUCAGCUUGCCUUCCUUUGUGAAUGCCUGUGUACGUGCCUGCGUGUGUGUAUGUGUGUGUGGCAAAAUUAGUAAUACCUUAGAAUGUUAUCUUUGGAACAUUGUAUCUGUUCAUUUAGAAUUUGUAAAUGAAUUUCUUUUAAUACCAUAAAGUUUGUCUAAUUGGUACCCUUCCUCCAGUGCAGGGACUUGAUGGAAACUGAAAGGGUAGCUUCCAGCAUAAGCCCUCCCUGUGUGCCCUGUGAGUUGGUUCGGUCCUGUUUUGCAUAAGUUCCUUUUGAGUGGAACCAUGUGUGGGUGCAUAGUACUGAAGACUUUCUGUUUGCCUGAGUGGAUGUAUGUCUUGGAGAAAAACUGUGUACAUUAGCUGCAAACAGGAACAUUCUCAGAAUCAACAUGUAUUGUGCUUAUCCUGUCCCAGGAAUGGGCAGCAGUUCCCUGAUGUAUUACUACAAUGGGAAAACGGUGUAUGCUCCAUCCCCAAAUUCAGAUGACUUCAACCGUGAAUCUCCUAGUUAUCCAUCUCCUAAGCCACCAACCAGUAUGUUUGCUAGCACUUUCUUUAUGCAAGAUGGGACCCACAAUUCUUCUGACCUUUGGAGUUCAUCAAAUGGGAUGAGCCAGCCUGGUUUUGGUGGAAUUCUGGGGACCUCUGCUUCCCACAUGUCUCAGUCCAGUAGUUAUGGCAGCCUUCACUCCCAUGACCGCUUGAGUUACCCUCCACACUCAGUCUCACCGACAGACAUGAGCACAAGUCUUCCCCCAAUGUCCAGCUUCCACCGUGGUAACACCAGCAGCUCCCCAUACAUUGCUGCCUCCCACACUCCUCCUGUCAAUGGAUCAGACAGCAUUCUGGGAACCAGAGGGAAUGCUGCUGGAAGCUCACAGACAGGUGAUGCACUUGGAAAGGCGUUGGCAUCUAUUUAUUCUCCCGACCAUACAAGCAGUAGUUUCCCAUCAAACCCGUCAACACCAGUUGGAUCACCUUCACCUCUGACAGGUACCACUCAGUGGCCUAGACCAGGAGGGCAGGCUCCAUCAUCCCCAAGCUAUGAAAACUCGCUCCACUCCCUGAAAAAUCGAGUUGAGCAGCAACUUCACGAGCAUUUGCAAGAUGCAAUGUCCUUCUUAAAGGAUGUCUGUGAGCAGUCUCGAAUGGAGGAUCGUUUGGACAGACUAGAUGAUGCUAUCCAUGUGUUGCGGAACCAUGCUGUGGGACCUUCCACCAGUUUACCUGCUGGUCACAGUGAUAUUCACAGUUUAUUGGGACCAUCCCAUAGUGCACCAAUUGGAAGCCUCAGUUCAAACUAUGGAGGAUCAAGCCUUGUUACAAACAAUCGAUCAGCUUCAAUGGUUGGAGCUCAUCGGGAAGAUUCUGUUAGUCUCAAUGGCAAUCAUUCAGUCCUGUCUAGUACCGUUGCUGCUUCAAGCACAGACUUGAACCAUAAACCACAAGAAAGCUAUAGAGGUGGCUUGCAAAGUCAGUCUGGUACUGUCAUUCCAACAGAAAUCAAGACUGAAAACAAAGAGAAAGAUGAGAACCUUCAUGAACCCCCUUCAUCAGAUGACAUGAAAUCAGAUGAUGAAUCCUCCCAAAAAGAUAUCAAAGUCUCAUCUAGAGGCAGAACAAGUAGUACAAAUGAAGAUGAGGAUCUGAAUCCAGAACAGAAAAUAGAAAGGGAGAAGGAAAGGCGAAUGGCUAACAAUGCCAGAGAACGCUUACGUGUACGGGAUAUUAAUGAGGCAUUCAAAGAGCUUGGCCGAAUGUGUCAACUUCACUUGAAGAGCGAAAAGCCCCAGACAAAACUCCUCAUUCUUCAUCAGGCCGUGGCCGUCAUCCUUAGCUUAGAACAGCAAGUCAGAGAGAGGAACCUGAACCCCAAAGCAGCCUGCCUUAAGAGAAGAGAAGAAGAAAAAGUUUCUGCCGUAUCGGCAGAGCCACCAACCACGCUGCCAGGAGCCCAUCCUGGGCUUAGUGAAACUACCAACCCUAUGGGUCAUAUGUAAACAUCAGCCAGUUCCAGAGUUAUCAGUAGGCUAGAUAGAAGGUGACCUCUCCUCAUAAGGACUUGGACAACUCGGAUUAUCUGAAGACACAAACCUGACAGGAGGGAGAAGAAAAACCACUUGAAGCAAGAAACUCAAAUGUACCUAUGAUCAAAGCAGUUGGUCAACACUUCCGUCAGAAGUGAAGAUAGGAAGCUCAUCAGAUAGAAUGUCAGCCCACGAGAUGUUUGCAGCCAUCAUUUUGUUGCAAGCAGUGUGUCGCUUCUGUACAAUCAGAGACUGUCUUGAUCUCUCCACUCACUGUGGAAGUUGCCUUGUGCCUAAACUGAAUUGACAAAUGCAUUGUAACUACAAAUUUUAUUUAUUGCUAUGGAACUGUAAGGUCUACAUAUAAAGGGAAAAAGUUGAUGAGAAAAGCUGAUGUACAGUCAGCUGACGCCAGCAUUUGUGAAAGCUGUUCCCAUGCAGAGAACAAAGCAGUGACAACCAUUUGGCCCUUAGCAUUCCCGGUAUACCUAUGAGUGUCUUAAAAGGAAGGGAAAAGUCUUUUGUUGCCCUCUCCUCUCCUUUUGCCAUAUGAGUAGUACUUUCCAUGAAAUAGGAAAGUGCUACUUGGAAUAGCAUCUUCUCACUCUUAUUUUUCAUUCGUGUUUAUUUUCUCUCUCUGGUGUAUCUGGUCUCUAAAUCUGAGUAGUUAUGGUCACAGUCCAGAAUCAUCCCUGUGGCCCCGUGGGCUUUCACCCCUGUACCCACAGUGGUGAACUGAGACCACCUGUGACCAUAGCCUUGCUAGAAUUUUAAAAGAGGACAUUUUUCUUCCCUAGGUUUUCCCCCCAAAUAAACAUUGCUUUAUUUCCAACAAUAACAAGACUUUUCAAGCUUCUAGGUUUCAUAGUAACAAGAAGUAGAAAUCACAAAGGAAGGAUUUGCUUUUUAGA